AUGAUAGAGAUUGAGGAGAACGUAAGUUUGUACAUGUUUGCAAGUGGGAGGCACACGAGCGAGCUCGGGAUCCUGGUCAUGUGGCUCUUCUUCGUACUCUUCCUAGGUACAGGAUCUUCUGUAAUAACAGCGCUGUCGUGGAUCAGGGGGAUACUUCUAGGCUUCAACAGAAACAAAUUCGGGGCAGCUCUGAUUCUGAACUUAACUAUGGUUGACCUCCUAUUUCUCGUCCUCAUCGUCUUUCCUCGUGGAAUUACUGUGGCUGCAGACAGAUGGGUGUUUGGCUGGUCAGGGUGUGGCUUCUUCCCUCUCGCAGAAGAGUACCUGACCCUGACCCGGACUAUUACCUUUCUGGUCUUGUCCCUUUAUCCAGUAUUCUGCAACAUGCCCAGUAGGAACACUGCUGGUAUUGUCAGGAGUGGCCUGCUGCUAGCAUUUAUCUGGUGUCUGGGACUAAUUCCCCUCAUCACCUCCAUCGCAUCAGGCUUCGGAAUGCACAUCGAGUAUACGUCCGGAUACGGAGGAUGUGCAAUACACACCACAACGGACACCAACUACAGACCCUCUCUAAUCCUCUUCUCCAAUCUCAUCGUGCAGGGGUUCCUGGUGGUUAUCACUACGUGCAGCUCUAUCGUUCUCUUCAGAAAGCGUAGGUUAGUUCAGCUACCAAACGAGGCAACAGCACCACCUCAGACUGUAUCAUGUUGGCUCUGUCUCGGGGCUAUCCUAGGACUGCUGCCCUACAUACUAAUCUCUCUGUUGUGUAUGUUACCUGGUGUUGAGUAUGCGGACAUGUCCACUAAAGUCAACAUGUUCCAACUCUGCUGGUACUACGGGUCCAUCCUCCUCACUCCCUUCAUCCUAUACUGGGUGGAUCAUAACUACAAUCAGUAUUUCCGGUAUCUUGUGCUUGGAAAGGACGCCGUGGAUGAUAAACGAGUUCUUGCGAAGGUUAAUGACGUUUGGUUUUCAUCCAAGUACAACUACUCUGCAAACUCAAGUGGCCAGCUCCUAGCACAAGUUAACGAUGACCUCAGAAUGAGCGUAAACUUUAGGUAGAUUUUAAUAGUUUAGGUAGACUUCAGGUAGAUUUUAAUAGUUAAUGUGGACUUUAGGUAGAUUUUAAUAGUUAAUGUGGACUUUAGGUAGACUUUAGGUAAAGGUAUUUGUCAAUGUUAUUGAAGGAAGUUGAGAAAAACUUUAAAGAGGAAUAUCUUUAAUACGGAAAGUGUUGGCUUAUCUGGCGUAGAUCAGUUUUUCUGAUUUUAGAAAGUUGUAGUAGUUUAACUAGACUUAAGAUAGACUUAAGAUAGACUUAAGGUAGUCUUUAGAUAGACUUUAGGUAAACUUUAGGUAGACUUUUGGUAGACUUUAGGUAGACUUUAGGUAGACUUCAGUUAAACUUUAGGUAGACUAGGUAGUCUUAAGAUAGACUUUAGGUAGACUUUAGGUAGACUUCAGGUAGACUUUAGCCUUAGGUAGACUUAAGGUAGACUUUAGGUAGACGUUAGGUAGUCUUUAGGUAGACUUUAAGUUGAUUUUAGGUAAACUUCAGGUAAACUUCAGGUAGACUUUAGGUAGACUUUAGGUAGACUUUAGGUAAAGGUAGACUUUAGGUAAACUUCAGGUAGACUUUAGGUAGACUUUAGAUAGACUUUAGGUAGACUUUAGGUAAACUUCAGGUAGACUUAAGGUAGACUUUAGGUAGACUUAAGGUAGACUUUAGGUCGACUUUAGGUAGACUUUAGCCUUAGGUAGACUUAAGGUAGACUUUAGGUAGACUUUAUGUAGUCUUUAGGUAGACUUUAAGUUGAUUUUAGGUAAACUUCAGGUAAACUUCAGGUAGACUUUAGGUAGACUUUAGGUAGACUUUAGGUAAAGGUAAACUUUAGGUAAACUUCAGGUAGACUUUAGGUAGACUUUAGGUAGACUUUAGAUAGACUUUAGGUAGACUAUAGGUAAACUUCAGGUAGACUUAAGGUAGACUUUAGGUAGACUUUAGGUAGACUUUAGAUAGACUUUAGGUAGACUUUAGGUAGACUUCAGGUAGACUUAAGGUAGACUUUAGGUAGACUUUAGGUAGACUUUAGGUAGACUUUAGGUGGACUGAAAUAGAUAUUGUAUUGGGAGAAUACAUAUUUAACUUAUGAUAUUUGACAAUCGUCCAUGGGGAUAUAAAACAUAACGAGUCUUUUUUAGGCAAAGUAUGGCUAUCAAAGGGUUUAGAGCUGUAAAAAUUAUGGAGAAUUAUAGCUAAAUUUUGCUGUUUUUAUUAAAG